AUGUCACGUCCUAGACGCCUCAAUGUCGCAAAAAUCCGGCAAGCCAGCACUGCCGAGGCCCUAAGCAGAGAAAUCCGCACCUGUUUAACGGCCCGAGCCGACGGGGAAGUCAGUAACCAGUGGUCGUCACUGAAGACAUCAGUCUAUGGGGCAGCUGAGAAAAUCCUUGGAUACACCCAGCGACGCCGCAGUGACUGGGUCAGUGGAAGAACUUUGCAGGUGUCUGCUCAGACGGCUAGAGCCAGGUCCCGCAACGAUGACUACUUCCGCCAACUUCGAAAGAUGACGGCAAAAUCGGCCAAAGAUGACCAGGAACAAUAUUGGGCUGAAAUAGCGACAUCCAUGGAACAGGCCUCGAACGUUAAUGACACUCGAAAGCUCUAUCGUCUGGUCCGCCAAGUAAGCGGUAGGCCCUCUACACUGACUGACUCUGUUCGCGAUGUGAACCGCGGCUUUAUUGCUGACAACUCGGCCAAAGUCGAGCGCUGGCGUGAGCACUUUGAGCGCCAUCUCAACUUUGAUACCCAACCUACAUCUCCCUUGUUCUCCUCCUCAGCUGAGUUUCUUCCCUCUCCUACCUAUGCAGUGCCAUGCGAUCCCUCCACUCCGAGGAAGAAGUCGCCGAUGCCAUACGAAAGUUGCACAACAAUAAGGCACCCGGAGAGGACGGUAUACCCGCUGAAAUCUUUAAGACUUGUGUCGACACUUUGGUGCCCUGUCUCCAUGAGGUGAUUGAACGAGCGUGAAGAGACGAGGUUGUUCCUGAUGACUGGGGCUUAGGCAUCCUUGCACCUAUCCUCAAGAAGGGAGAAAAGACGAGAUGCGAGAACUACCGCGGCAUAAGUCUCAUCGACGUUGCUGCGAAGAUCUUCGCUAUUGUCCUACUCAGACGAUUCCAGGCUGUGCGUGACUCAAGGACGAGGCCCAACCAAGCCGGGUUUCGUGCUGGACGUGGAUGCGCAGGUCAGAUAUUCACGCUGAGGCGCAUUCUCGAAUUUCGCCAUAUCUACAACAACCGACGGCCGUCUGCUUUGUCGACUCUGCCGCCACGUUCGAUUCCGUUCACCGUGAGUCCCUGUGGCGGAUAAUGGCGAUAGAUGCUAUACAGGCAAAAAUCAUCGCCAUGAAGAAGGCCUACUAUAGCUCCACUACUGCGAGAGUCCUGGUCCGUAACAAUUUUUCCCAACCGUUCGGUAUUCGGUCUGACGUCCGACAGGGUUGUAUCCUGUCACCCAUACUGUUCAACUACUCCAUUGACUGGAUCCUCGGGAGGGCCCUACGCGACAGUGACGGCGUUGAAUUUGUACCCGGACAUCGACUGACUGAUCUCGACUAUGCCGAUGAUAUCGCCUUACUUGCUUCAAGUUUUGCUGAUCUACAGUCUAUGGUGUCACGAGUGAACGAGGUCGCUAAAUCAGUCGGUUUGUCCGUAAACGCUGGGAAGACCAAAGUAUUUUCAAGCUGCAUCCCCGACCAGGAAAGGCACCCCUGGGGAUUGAUGGCUGUCAUCUUGAAGAAGUUGACAGUUUUAAAUACAUCGGGGCGCGGCUGCUUCCUAAUGGACAGAGUAAGGAUGACAUUGUCUCCCGAAUCGAUGCUGCCCGCUGGGUUUUUUCAAGCCUUCGGAAAUGCCUGUGGAACCGACGUGACCUCUCCAUCGCCACUAAUAUUCGCGUGUACCGUGCAUCUGUCCGGUCUGUCCUUCUCUACGGUUGCGAAUGCUGGGCUUAGCGCGUGGAGGAUGAUCGAAAACUGGAGGUAUUUGACCACCACUGCUUGAGGAUGAUCCUUCGAGUGAAGCUAACCGAAUUCGUCUCAAAUGAGAUGGUCCGCGCUCGCUGCGACAUCAUCGCGAGGUAUAACUCAGGCCAUCCAAGAAAGACGACUGAGGUGGUUCGGGCAUGUGCUACGUCUUCCACCUCAGGAGCUCAGUGUUACUGCCCUCGAUCCGGCACCGUUGCCCCAUUGAAGGCGUCGAAGAGGGUGUCAGUUCAAAACCUGGCUCGACACUGUCCGUCAAGUCAUGGAGGUGGUUAUUGGACCUUCAGUAUUCGGUCUCCGUCGUUGGCGAAGGGAAUGGGUUGAGCUGUCUAGAUCUGCUGCCGCGAAUCGUCACGCGUGGAGAGGUACGAUUUGGGACAUCAUCGAGGCCGGAUAGAUCAGGCAUGAUCGCAGCCGUAUCAAGUACAAUUACAAGUACCCAAAGCCAAGGCUAUUCGGCUGAAGGUGCCCCAGACAAUACUGCCACUGAUGAUGAAUCCUGGUGAAAUGCCAACGACAGGUAGGGCGGUGGAAAGGGAACCCGAAUAGCGGUAAGUAUGAAUGCAAAAUACGGAUGACGGAGAGGACAGAAUCCGUAUUUAUAAAUUUGUUCAAUAAUUACCAAAAUUUUCCCACUUAUAGAACCCUGACAGCAAAGAAGAAACGGAAGGCCGCUCAGCAAGCAAAUAAUCCAUCGGAGAUUGAACAGAUCCUAGAUAUUAUCCAGUCCCCAUAUGUAGUGCAAUAUUUACAAGCUAAACGACUCCUGGCGACGGAAGUCAGAUGUCGCUGUCCUAAGCCGAUGCCGUUGCAAAUAUUGCGUCAGCACACAGACGGGUUUGCCUUCAGGUACACGAACAUAUUAAUAUAAUGUAUUGCCUAGGUGUAACAAAUGUGGUACCAAAAGGGCACUGUGAACUGGUUCGGUGUUUAAGAAUAGUCGCCAGACUUUAUCGAAGGUAAUGAGAACGGCCGUUGCGUUUUAGAGGGAACAGGUGUGGUGAGGUGCGCAGCUGUGGUCGGCAUAGGUGUGACUGCGGCAGUCCAAUGGUAUGACAUCUGGCGGGAUGUCUGCAAUAAGGUCCUCCUCAACGAAGCCAAACAGCUAGGAGGGCCGAAAGUUGAGAUCCAAGUUGAUGAAACACUUAUCACCCGCCGCAAGUACAACGUCGGACGGUUAAGAAAUCGGCACUGGAUUUUGGGUAAGAGUCUGCAAUUCGAUGACCAAUAGCAGGCAUGUACGAUACAAGUAAACGGAAAGCGAUAUUUGAGCAAGUGAGCGAUCGCAGGCGGUUCUCCCUUAAUGCCGUUAUAAAGAAAUGGGGAGCUCCAGGAAGCAUAAUCGUGACUGACCAGUGGAAGGCAUAUGGAAGGCUAAGUGAAGAGGGAUGCGACACGAAACGGUGAAUCAUUCAAGGAAUUUUUGGACCCCACCUCCAGAAGGAACACGAACGCAAUUGAAACCUAUUGGAGUAGGCUGAAGAUGAAGUUACACGAACGCGGACCUACCAAAGGCCGAAGGGUAUGGGCUCAUCUCCAUGAAACACAGUACCGACUUUGGUUCGAAGUGAAAGCAAGUAAUUUGGCAGAGUCAUGGGAAAGAUUCCUGUCCCAUGUGGCUCAAGCCUAUCCGGUCUCACAAGAGCACUCGGAAACCGAGAUAUUUAGCAGCUGACCGGAAAGCCAAGCAGUGAGAUGUUAAUGAUGUUGUACACAUAGUUCAAUAAUAGCAGCCAGUGGAAUAACAGGCAGGGAGAACAACCGAACCGCCAGGCAAUUAACAUUUUGGCCAUUGAAAACUGGUACAGCGGAAGCAGUUUGUUUAUUCUGUCAUAUUCCGCACUGACACUUUAUUAUAAUGCAGUCGGUCUUCCAUGGGAAUGUGGCACUUAGAGAGGGAUCUACCUCCAAACCCUGUGAAAUGGGGUAACCAUGUUAUCAGUCAUUAACAGGUGAUCGCCUUUCUUCUAAUGCUUCGCCUUCCCAAUACAUGUAAAGCAUUUAUUUAUGUUCCCCCUAAAUAUAAACUUUUAAAUAGGCUAUUUCUCAAAUGCAGCCAUUUAUGUUUUGCGUUGGUUUAUUGCUUUAUUUAUUUGUUCUCAAGAUGAUUUCCUUUGCCGCUUUACAGACAGAGAGUACGUAUUUGUCGGUGGAUCUCAUAAUGGUUGGAAGGAAAUCAUCGUCGUCUAUCCCGUCGAUGAAAAUAAAUCGCCGUCAGCUAUAAUUGUCCAGACAAAAGGCGAUACUUCAUCUGGUAGACAUCCACGUUUUUCACUUCAACAUUAUUUAUGUCCUUGGGAAAUAUGUUGUUCUAUGUUCAAAUUUAUGCAACCGAACGCACGUGAUAUAUGUUGUGUUUCUGUAAGCUAUUCGUGAUGGCGGAGUUAUCUAGUUUAGCAUGUUGGAAGCUGUCUAUCUUCCAAAAUAAUACAUAUAUUUGACCACCAUUCAUUAUGUAUGCAUUCUAUUCACCUACCUUAAACUUGGCCCUCUACACUAAGAAAUUGAUUUUCAAUGUUGAGUCAAAAAUGUAUGAACGUUCGUGUUUAAGGUAGUUGAUAAGCCAAUUGUAGAAAUGUUUAAACGUCAGCCUAAAAGUUGUCCAGUUUCCAGUCAAAAUGUUACACCAACUUUUAACUACUAUUAGGGAUAAACGUAAAAGGUUGUUUUAGAACACCGGUACAGCGUGGCCUACUCCGCUUUUAUGUUAAUUUCCCUAAGAGAGGUGAUUACUGCUCGGGGCGCAGUCUUAUAUUGCAUGAACCGACAACGAUUUAUUAAGUAUCAUUUGGAAUUAAUUAUGUUCGAGUGUGCAUUGUAGAGCUCAAUAAACAUGUUUUUGGCGCAGACCCGUCGAUCCCAGUAGGCGUUGGCGUGACUGAAAGGAUUGAACUGGAUACGACAGUUUCGGCACCGGUACUUAUUUGUUAUGCUGAAAAACUGCAGGUAUAUAAAAUAAGUUAAGAUGGGAAGAUUAUAUUGCAGUACUCAGGUUACUUUUGGCUUCCAAAAAACAUUUUCUCACGCCUGAACUUCUACUUGAUUACUAUUUCAGAACACAAAAAUUAGUGAAAAUGUAGAGUUCAUGCUCGGUGAUUAUCCGCCUACGAAUCGAUACUUCUACCUGGCCCCAUAUCGUAAGUUAGGCCCGCAGUCGCCUAUGAAAUAUGCUUUAUGCACAAAAGUACAGAUGAUAUUUUCUGUUUUGAAUUGCAUUAGUUAUUUGACUAAAUCUUAUAGGCCAACAUCAUUUGACACUGAUAAGCACAUAAAACAAAAAACGUAAACGACAGUCUAAUGACCACUGCAAAAAGUGUAGCUAUUUACUUCAUAUUUAAACUAAAUGUUUUAACUGAACACGAAAACAGAUAUAAAAAAACUAGAUACAACUUCCGAGCAUCGUGGACUUCAGCCGACAAGAGGAUCAAUUUUACAUUCUUUGUGUUUUAAACUGGUAGUCAAAUCAAAAGUUUAAAAUUGAGAAAACCAAUUAAUAUUCCCUAAUUUGCUAUACUUAAGCUAACAGGAAAUGUAUUGCUUUGGUUGCUAUGUUAACACUGCGUACGUGCCCGUUCAACACCCAAAUCUUACAAAUAAUGUUUGUUCCAAUAACCAACAGUGCACGAGGACACUAAGGAACUGCCUUUUCUUGUCCUCACCGGACGACUUGGACAGAAAACGAUGGAUUACAAACUUGUGUUUUCCAGUUCCUAUUGUCCGGUAAUAAGACUGGUUCCAGGGGAUGCUCCAGAUUGGUUCCCUACAGCAAUUCGUGUCUCCUUCAGCGGAGUGUUCCAUCUAAGACGUUGGAAACUCUUAAUAUGUCUCUUGCCAGCAAUCAUAACAACAUCAAUGCCUUGAAAAUUCGUCUUUUAUAUCCCCUGUCUGUGUUUUAAUAUAUUUAUGUAUACACGUAUGGUACAUAUGCGCUGGAGUUGUUACUUCGCGUUAUUAGUGGAUGUCUAGCUGCUUGCAAGCUUUCAGGGAAACAGAACAUAUGCAGCACCAUGUAUUACUCGCACGGCAAGUAGGGAGGUAGCAAGUGGGUACUUUUACUCACCUACAUGAUUCAUACAAUCUUAAAUGUAGACGGCAAAAGGGAAACAGUACACCUUUUUAUAUUUAAAUAUGAAGAAACGCUGUGUUUGCAAGACUACAUAUGAUUAAAGAAAGCAAGUCUUUCCGCAAUAUCACCUGUAAUAUCCAAUUGUUUACACUCAAAAUAUGCUGGCUGUUUUAUUAUAUUGUGUGAUUAGAUGGAUUAUCCAUGUCUAAUUUUGGCCGUAUGUGAUGGUCUGAUUUAUGAAUCUUUGGCAAGACAUUUAGCCUCGCGGGUAUUGCGAACUGACUGGCAGAAAGGUUCAGACCGACUCAGCACAGAGUAGCCACACCUAGUACAGGGGCCAACGAUUACGUAGUAUAUAUAAGUCCCAAUGGUAAAACGAUCCCGAUUUUAGACGCUGCCUCUUCUUUCACUAGCCGUCUUGUCAACGAAACGAUAUAAAGUUUGUGUGGCGAGAUAUUGCGGUGGGUUUCCUCGAUUGCGAUUCCGGUCGCAACCUCAAAGGAAUUGCCCUUUUGCUACACGGUAACUGUUUCGUUUACAUUUGAAGGUCAAUUUUACCACCAGAUCGACGGCGUAGUGAUGAAAUCACCACUCGUACCUCUACUAGUCGAUGCUGUCAGGGGAACAUUAGAAAAAAAACCAGCUGUGUCAACAUAAAAAUGACCCUUAUUUUAGAGUUGUGAAAAUAAAAUAUGGCGAGCGAAUGUUGCUCGUCAUGCCAGUACAGUUAUGCGGGACGGGGUACUGUGAGUGAAAAAAUCGAUAAAAGCUAGGUCCAAAAGAAUACGAGAAUGCCUCCCCGCAUGCCCGGAAAAAGUGAAUGUAGGAGAAUAGACAGCGCCAUUGCGCAUUCAAUGGAUUAAGGGCAUCGUGCAGACCCUGCUGAAGCAUUUCCAGUGAUUUAUAAGGUCCCAUCGAGUUACCCGAGAUACUGGGCCAGCGCCUGGUAGCAAUGGCAGAAGCCGCCGUCAACAGGUUAAGAAACUGACCCUAUGCGCCCAGAAGAACCACGUUCAGGCUCCGCGAUUAACGUGCUUGAUUACUCACAUGAAAAUAUCUGCGUCCUUACGCUCUUGCCCAGCCUGUAUUUUAAAAAAACUAACUUUUAUCGAUUUUCACUCACAGUUCUCCGUCCCACAUAACUGUACUGGCCUGACGAGAAGUUAUCGAAAGUAACGUUCGCUCGCUAUCUUUUCUUCUGACCCUAUUUUCUAUGUUACAUAUGCUCAUGCUAUUUUGGCAACAGCGGAUAAAAAGCCGGAUUUGAACACCCUCCUGUAUAUAGUGAACCAGGGUCACCCAGCGUUUAUCUAUACUUUGGAAAACAGAGGACGGCGAGGGCCACCUAUUUCUGAACAUCCAAAGUAAUCAAAUGUUGGAUGGAAAAAUUCAUCAAGGUGUAGUUCCUAAGUAAGAAGGCAUGGGUAGGAAAAUUUUCAAAUCUCCACAUUUGUGUAAGUUUUACUCAGAGAUAAGUCUCGGUCCACUUUCAAAAAACUCUCAAAACAGGGUUAUUGUGAUUCGCAAUGCAGAGGCGAACAAUAUCCAUUCAAAAUGGUAAUAAAUAUACCACUGACAGGUCAUGCAAUAUAAGACAACGCCUCGACCAAGUGAUCCACCAGAUUACUGAAAUUAACUUAAGUGCGAAAUAGGCCACGCUAUAUCCGAAACACGAACGUUUAUGUAUUUCUGACUCAUCAUUGCGAGUAUACUUCUCAGUAUAGAGGGAUAAGUUUCAGGUAGGUGAAUAGAAUGCAUAUAUACUUAAUGGUAAUUAUAAAUAUUAUUCUGUACGAUAGACAGUUUUCUACAUACUGAACUAAGUAAUCCGCCAUAAUAACUAGUGCAUAGGACGUGGCUAACGUAAAAUUUAUCAUUAAACGUCGGUAGCAUAAAUGCAAACAGCUGGCUUAUAAAUCAUGAAGUUGCCGUUAGACCAAUAUCUGUUAAAGAUAAAUUUGCAAACAAUAUGUUUCAAAAGCAUGGCAAACAUUGAAUUAUGACAUAUUGUAAACGGUCGUUACUAUAGCUUUCCCUGAAUCCAUUGCGCUGGCAAACAUUUAUGCCCUAUGCGAUAACGAAGAUUUAUUUAUUUAGAAACUAAUUUUAGUAUUAACCUCAUUCUGUUAUCGAUAUUAUUAAGUGAUGAAGCCGUUACGCAACAAGUCAUUUUUCUGUUUUAGCUAGUGAAAUAUUUCAAAUUGCCUGUGGUGAGCAAGUAACGUAGAUAUGCAUAGCAGGUUUAUAAAAAAAACAUUUUCUAAAUUAACACGGUCUGAGAACACCGCAUUCCUCCAAUUUUAGUAACUCCAAGUUCGCGCAUUAAUGCCCUCGAAAAUCAAACAAGGCAAGUUGAAAAUGGGGAUUAUAUGCCAAAAAACACACGGGAAAAGCUGAGGACCCCCGGACGAGCCGAACUCCUUUGCAGCUGCUUCCGGCAGCGACAAAAGAUUGGCGAAACACGCGUGUCUGGGUUUUUAGCUAAUACCUGUGUUGUUUGUAUGGUAAAUCACUGCACAAUGACAUGGUUCUAACCAGGGUGCACUGCAUGAAUAUUGACUAUCAGAGAGGAAAUCAUUCGGAACAAUUGACAAAUGGCAAAAUCUUAUAUAUAGUUUUAUAAAAUACAUAAAUGCAUCUUUUACCAGAAUGGCCUGCAUCUCCAACGUAAUUUGCACGUCAAUGUGUAAAUAAAAUACGCAUCAUACAUUGUCGGGUGGUCGUUCGGCCAUGAUCUUUUAAUGAUAAAGUACAUUACAGUAGGUUACAAAAGAUUGGCAAAUAUCAAAACUCGACACAUUGACAAUGGACGUUAUCAGAGGCUUUCUCUGAACGCAUGACGUAUUAACACCAAUACGUUAUCAAUACAAAUAUGUGAUGAAGCCGUUACGCAACCAGUCCAUAGUAUGCUUUCGCAAGUUAAAUAAUCAAUUUCGUCUGAUGUGAUCAACCGACGUAUAUAUGCAAAGCAGGUUUAUGGAAAAAAGUUUGCUUAAUCAACAAAAUCUGAAAACUCCGCAUUUGUUUUACUUUUCGACUGCUACUGGUGAGGACCUAGAGCUGAAACAUCAUUAGUAGUAGCAUUGGCCAGAUUAAACGACUAAACAAUCCCAUCACUUGUGCGCGACUUGCUCUCAUCGCACGACAAAGAUUAUUUUUCUGCAAACCUGUCCAUUGUGCAGGAAACCUGUCGUUGGUCAGCACAAACUAGCAAACGUAGAUAUUGUCUCGAAUUACCUGUUUUAUCUUUGAGGCAGGACUUGCUAUGGUUUGAGCCUAUAAGUCCUACAAGGCUUUUUGUACCACUUGGAUAUUCGUCCGGCAUUUUACCAAAAAGGUUUUAGCUAAACUGUUCUGCAUUCUUUACAAUCUCGAAGGUUUCCGACAAAGCCUACCAUGCGCACAGUUACCACUAGAUUAGGCCCUGGUCAGAGUUGUUUAUCUCUUCUCGCGAGUUGCUUUAUUUUCGAUAACUUUCCGGCAUGAGUGAAGCACACAAUGAUGUUGAGAAAAAAGAACCAGAGUACGAUGUCGAGCUUUCGACAACUUAUUAACUCAAAACUGUAAUGUUCUGCUAUUGCACAUUAUAUAGGGUUGAAAAGGUUACUAAAUUAAGUACACGAAGUACAUGCAAAUGCGUCUAAUUUCAGAAAGACCAGACUUGCCGGUCAAAUUUAAAACCAUGUAACAUUUAAAUAGUUUUUUUGGCCAAACAAAUAUAAACAUCAAAAUCGUUUACAGGGGUUAAGCUUAUGUGUGCACCAAGAUAAUCUAUUCCAGAGAAUAUAUGAGUAAUCAUAAUCAUUCCUCACGCAGUCGUAUUUUAAUUUGUUAAAUUAGCACCUUAUUGUGCAAUAAAGUUGGGCAUUACGAAUUAUAUUAAUAAUGCAACGGACAUUCGCAUUAUUCAAAUUGCGAGUUUUGCAUAAACAAACAUCGACGGUAAAUUUCGCAGUUUAGUAUCGAAUUUUAAUCACGGCUUGAAAGCAAAACGAGCAUUCAUAACUUGGCCUGCCUUCCGCGUUAAAUACUGCUUUACACUGCAAUGCAAUUAAGCAUAUAUUGUAGAUUGCAAAAACGCUAAGGUAUUUUCAGCAGAUAUUCGGUUACCUGGUGUUAAUUUAUAAAAAACAGCCCUAGCGUAUGGAGUGCGCUGUUCAGAAAAUAUUUAUUACAUAAAUCUAAAGUCAAAACACGCAUAAAAGGGUAAGGACGUGACCGAUUAUAAAACAACAAAGGGGAAUGAAGUCAACGUGCAUUACAUAUACAUUUAUAAUCCUGGGGUUUCACAGGCAUUGCAAGAGUAAGAAAAUGCGGUUUGGCAAUUAUCCGCCUUUAUGUCCUUUGGGUAAGUAUUACUGUCCACGUGUUACAUAACUGUGUUUACAAGACGAAUGUAUGCAUAUCUAAAUUUUUUUACUCAAGCAGGAACGAUAAUUACGCUCGCAAUAGUCAUGCUUACUUAAUAGAAUUAAACAACUGUCUCCAGUAUGCUACCUCGUAGCUAAAGCCUUCAGGCAGUUCGUGUUUAAACGAACGUAUAUGUCCUUAACUGUUGUACCAAAGGAUGGCCGCUAAGUACUAAUCACAAACUGGCACCCUCGUUAAAGGAUACCGACAUGCCUUCUGAGGUAAAAUUAGCCGUAACUGGAUUAUAAAUAAAUAUACGCAAAACAGUUUACACAUCAAGGAUUUACAAGGCUAAAUUUUUAAAUCUAACUUAUACAACUGAUUGGCUAGCAAUGCAUUUGCGCAUUUUUCGCUUUUUUAUUUACAAGUUGGCCGCAUAGCAGAAUUUACUGUACGCUAAACUAAGAUGCAAUGUGUGAAACGUUUAUGUAAUUAAAAAUAUAGGUCAAAUAGGCAAUAUACUCAGUACAUAAAAUUGAAUGACUCACGAACAUUAGUUGUAAUAACGAAAUAAUUUAGUACGAAAAUGCUUAGGUAAGUAUUUGCUGGAAUGCAGGUAAUGACUGUAAGGUAGGCCAGUCGAAAUAAGCCUGCUAAUGACAAAACGGCUAUAAAAUGUAACUGAAUAGCAAUAUAAGCUAUUUACAAUUACAUGGGAAUGGUAUGGAAUGCUAAUUAAGUAACCUAGGCAGUCGCCGGACGUGGUGCUUUACUAAAGUUUUACGAUUUGAUUUCUUUAUCUGAUUUGCGUACGUUUCUAAAAUAAAUUCUACAUCACAGUAAAUCACAAGCGAUGGUUUGAGUUGACAAAUUUUGGACAUUUCUUACUAAUAUGUCUCGUGCUAUCCUCGACCUACAUGAUUAAACGUUCCCUCAACACUGGCCCUGUUUCUUUAUCCUGAGAAAAUUUAUUUUGUAUGUAUGAAGGUGCACGCGUCAGCUACUAAUAAUAAAGUGUGUUAUCAUCAGUCAAGGGAAGCAGAACGUUUAUUGACUCGACGUCACGGAUUCGCACUCCAACCCAUCCGCGAUCGUCUCGGACGAUGGGUUUGAGGGAGAAUGCGAGACGUCAAGCGGAAAAGUUUUGCCUUCCAGUAAUCGCAGUUGCUGCAAUGCAAAGUAAAUGCUCUAACGCAUUAAAUGUUUGCAGAAAUUUCGAAAUGGGCUAACGGGUUAACCCAUGAGAUAUUAUCCUAAUUUCUGAAAUGCAUUUUCGUGUUGGUCGCAAAAUUAUUCAUCGUGCGGCCAUUUUUUUAAUUUUCCCGGGAUGCUGGCUCCGAACGAACAAUUUUCCGGUCUCAUUUCGAGACAACGCUAAGUAAAAAGUAGCUACUGAAUGAGCAUGAAUGCUUUGCACUGAUUUUUGAUGUCCUUAAAAGUUUAUUUAUUUUUCAUAUUUUAUGAAAAACAUGCAUAACAUGUUCAUUCUUUCAAUCAUUGGGUACUGAAUUACAUCUACUAUCAUAUUUAUAAUCGAAUAAAGUGCAUAACCUGGUUGUAAAAUGUUUCCUAUCGUGGCAUUUUUUAUUUCUGUGAAAUGCGCGUUCAUAAAACAUCUCUUUGCUGCAGUUAUGUUUGAAUUCCGGUCUCCUAGGCCAGAUUUUACAUCAUUUCUGCAAAAAAAGUUACAGCCCAUUCGGUAAUGUUGAUCAAAGAUCAAUUUUCUAUUGUUACGGAUGAAGCAACAAUGUAAGAGUUCUUCUGCACAAUGCCAGAUAGAAGCGGGCUAAGGUGGGCUGACGGGUGUAGCAUCGGCGAUGCGAUGCCAAAAAAAAUUAAAUGACGUCGCUUAAUUUUGAACAGAUCGAUAGAUAUUUCUUCACAUGAAAUGGGUGAAACCGGAUGGUGUUGAAUGUGUGACUGCAUAUUAUGUCGGACUGUGCGCAUUUACUGCGUCUACGACAGGAAACGUGAGUCACACUCACGAUUGCAUUACCAUUCAACUCUUAGACAGAUGAAACGUACGAAUAGUGAAUUACAAGUUGAAUCUGGAUAUAUAAAGCCGUCUGUUUAUUAAUGCAGUCAAAACAACAAGCACAUUUAUUUGGCGUUAUAUAAUGUGAAAUCUCUCCGUGGGAUGUUUGUCAAUAUAAUACAUAGGGUCCUUAUCUUUGCUACUUCGAUAUUUCACAAGGUCGCGUAGGUUUCAUGUUUCUUAACUCACUCAGUGCUGAAUUCUACUGUUGGGCAUACCAGGAAUUUCAGCAUUUAGCUUAAUUCUGCUUAGUGUAUCUGGCAAUUCAUUAUCAUUACUUGUAACCUUGACUCCAACUGAUGUUGUUCGAGAUGCUUAAAACCGCUGUUCUGUCAGUCGGUUUCCUAAACCGGAAAUUGGUAAAUGGAUUGGUUUCCUAUAUGCUGCAAUUUCCUCAUAUGAAUAUGAAUAUUAUUGGCAGGUGUCUUUCAUAAAGCGUUCCAAAUUGUUAAAUAGACUGGUAAUAUAACCUAAAGACCUGCUGUCACGUCAAGAAAUGUCUGUAGGCAUUUAUCGUAUCUGAUGCAGUUAAGGAAAAAGUAACUACGUCGAAGAUACCGGAUCACAGCUCCGAACGCGAAUGGCCAAACACAGUGCAGCGGCGAGGAGAAAAGACGUCAGCUCUCAAGUUGCGCCUAAUUCUACGAGAUCCGGUCACAUUCCAAUUAGACGAGGCUGAAAUUCUCGCAAACGGUGACAACCGCGUGAGACGAAAGCUGCUUGAGUCAUGGCAUACUGGCCGACAGUCCAUUAACAAGUGCAAUGAACUUCCCCUGCCAUACUCGGUGCUGAGACUUCGCCUAGGCGGAGUAAUUAGCCACGAGGAAAGUGCACAUGUGAGCAAUUUUUCCAGCGCCAGUGACGGUGGAUCUGUUGGUCGAGCAAUCAUCACACAAACAUCCAACGCACGUGAUGAAAUUGCAGCAAUUAACGACGCGAAUGUCGCUCAUCACGCCACGUGCAACGUUCCCUGA